GAAAAAACUUUCACUUGACACCACCUUUUCUCACUCUGCCUUUGUGCGUUUAUAUCCUCUCUCUCUCUCUCUCUCUCUCUCUCUCUUUUUCUCACUCUGCAACUUGCAAAGCAAAUGCAUUUGCAGUUCUCCUUUUAAGUUUCUCUGCUUUCCAGAAAUGGCGAGGAUGGGAGAAAUAUUGAUGCUGUCUGGGCCAAAGGCAGGAAGCUUUUAAGAGCUUGGCAGAGAAAACAUACCCUUGCAAGGAUUACAAUGCCGGUUCCUCUUGCUCCAUACCCGACGCCCCCAGUGCCAUUUACACAGCCUGCAAAUGGUGCACAGAGCCAACUUGUAUGUUCUGGUUGUCGAAACCUUCUACUCUAUCCAGUUGGAGCAAAGUCUGUAUGCUGUGCUGUUUGCAAUGUAGUCACAGCUGUUCCACUGCCUGGCACAGAAAUGGCUCAGCUGGUCUGUGGGGGCUGCCACACCUUACUCAUGUACAUCCGUGGAGCAACAAGUGUACAGUGUUCAUGUUGUCACACUAUCAAUCUAGCCUUGGAAGCAAAUCAAGUUGCACAUGUUAAUUGCGGGAAUUGCCGGAUGCUGUUGAUGUACCAAUAUGGAGCUAGAUCUGUGAAAUGUGCAGUUUGCAAUUUUGUGACAUCUGUUGGGCAUGACAAGAACCACCUGGUAAUCAGACAAGCUUGAGGACAUUUUGAUGCUAGGCAGGUGGUUAUAAAUCAAAAGCCUUAUCUCUUUCAACCCUUUACUUUUCCUAUUAUCAAGAAAAUUCACUUUAAACAAAUGCUCAAGCUUAAGGCCGAGACUGUCUAAUCAUCAUUUCACUCAAGAUUUUUCUAGGGACCCACAAGAUUUAAUCUUAUCAUCCAAUCCUUGAUCCUACCUAUCCCAUUGAGUUACAUGGCUUCAAGUUUCUGGAGAUAUUUGGCCAUAUUGGCAAGGUGUGAAGCACUACUCCCAUUCAAUACUACAGAUUCAAGAUUGGUAUCAGCCAAUAACUACAAAAUACUAGAACUCAAUGAUCUAGUAUUGUCAACAAAUAAGUUGUUUGAUUAGUUUCUGAAAUCAUAAUUCGUUUUUUUCCUAGCUUGUACAGAAACAUCAAUCUACAAAAAUAAUACUAGGUUCAAUCAUGAAGAAUGAUUUUCAGGACCUCAAAUUUGGGUUUCUAGGCACAUCUACAUUCUAAAUGUAUAGUGAAAUCCCAUACCACUGUUUUGGUUUAUAUUUUUUCCCAUUAUGCUUUCCAAUAUCUUCUUAUUUAGUUGUGCUGCAUAUGUAUAUAAGAUAUUAUAGACACUCUAAAGUUUAGAUUUCAACCACAUUAAACAUUAUCUAUGUAUCACUAUCACUUCUAAGAAGAAGCCAUCUCCAUCUCAGACCCUGAGUAAAUCACUUUUGGGCAAGGGUUGGGCUUUCCUCAAAUGUAUCCUGAAUUAUAACAUAAUUUUCACAUUAUAUCCGCAGCCUACACAGACCAAACAUGGUCAAAUUAUCAGAAUGCUAUAAUUUUGCUUUAAUUAAGAAAAAAUGUAUUGGGGGUGGGAAAAGCAACAAUAAAAUAGUAGUAAUACCAGUAGUAAGGCAUAAUACAUUUUAUUUGGUAUGUUUAUUUGUAUUCCACUACAUAAAGCAUCACUAACCAAUAACCAUGCUGUAGGAUAACUAGACGCUAAGUUAGUCACAACACCCACAGACCAUUGAUCCUAUUGAAUCAUCAGUACAUGAUUCCUUCUUUUGCAAUCUCAAUUUUCUAUUUUCAAUCCUGGAAAAGAACAAUAUAAGCAACAUGGUUAGAAUAUCAAAGAAAAAACCGAAAAAAGCUAGUUAUAUAGACUAAAAUCUUUCUCCUAUAUUUUACUAUAUUUAAUGUGUUCUUAUUGGAUGAUACAGGCCUCAACAAGCUCUACUGAACACAAGUUCAACUGCUAAAAGU